ACAGAAGGGGGGCAGAGGAGAGGGAGAGACUGCAUUCUGUGGUGUGUUUGUGGCUUCCACUCUUUGAUCUCUUGCCAGGGAAACCUGGAAGGUCAGGCCAAGCUGCAGCGAAGUUGUGGAGAGCGGAGCUGGGAGGAAUGCUGGACGGGGCCGGCGAGCAUGCCUGCACAGUGUGGGCGAGGCGCUGCGCCCCCACACGCGCCUGCUUCACCACUGCUUGCGUCUCCCUUGUCGGGGGCUUCCGUGCCUCUGCCUUGCGUCGGAAAGCCUGCUCCGUACCUGCUCGCCGGAGAGCCCCUCUCGUAAUCCCCUGCUCGUACCAGUGCUGAGCUGCUCUGAACUAGGCAAAGCGAGCAGUGCAGCGGGGAGCCACCGCCGUCAUCUUCGAUGUGUCGGAAAACCCAGAUGCCAUUGACCAGCUUAACCAGGGCUCUGAAGACCCUCUGAAAAGGCCAGUGGUGUAUGUCAAAGGUGCUGAUGCAGUUAAACUGAUGAACAUUGUUAACAAGCAGAAAGUGGCACGAGCAAGGAUUCAGCACCGGCCCCCACGGCAACCUACAGAGUAUUUUGAUAUGGGGAUUUUCCUGGCCUUUUUUGUGGUGGUCUCGCUUGUUUGCCUUAUCCUUCUUGUCAAGAUCAAACUGAAGCAGCGACGUAGUCAGAAUUCAAUGAACAGACUUGCAGUGCAGGCACUGGAAAAAAUGGAAACCAGGAAGUUCAAAUCCAAAAGCAAGGGUCACCGUGAAGGAAGCUGUGGGGCUCUGGACACGCUCAGUAGCAGCUCAACUUCUGACUGUGCCAUCUGCUUGGAGAAAUACAUUGAUGGGGAGGAGCUGCGAGUCAUUCCAUGCACUCACCGGUUCCACAAGAAGUGUGUGGACCCCUGGCUGCUGCAGCAUCACACCUGCCCUCACUGUCGCCAUAACAUCAUAGAGCAAAAGAAGGGGAACCCAGGCCCAGUGUGUCUGGAGUCUGCUAACCCUGUGCGCAGCCGGCAGCAGAGAGUGAUUCUACCAGUUCACUACCCUGGCCGAGUGCACAGGACCAACCAGAUAACGGCCUACCCCACCCGGACGAGCAUGGACCCUCACGGGAACCCUAUCACGGUACUGACGGUCGACCGGCAUGGCGAGCAGAGCCUGUAUCCAGCACAGUCCCCAGCCUACAUCCGAAGUUACCAGCCUAUUCACUUGGACCACGCUCUGAACACCCAUCACUGUGGCCUGGAGCACAGGGCUUAUUCUCCAGCUCACGCUUUCCGAAGGCCCAAGUUCAACGGACGGAGCUUCUCCAAAGCAGCAUGUUUUUCCCAGUAUGAGACCAUGUAUCAGCACUACUACUUCCAAGGCCUUAGCUACCCUGAGCAAGAUGGACAGCCUGCAGCUGGCCUUGCCUCAAAGGGCCCUUCCCGUGCCUUCCAGGCCGGCAACAGCAUGCUUUUCCCUCCUGUGGUACAUGUUGUGCCGUCCUCCCGCUUGGAGAGCGGCAGCACCUCCAGCUUCAGCUGCUAUCAUGGUCACCGCUCUGUGUGCAGUGGCUACCUGGCUGACUGCCCAGGCAGUGACAGCAGCAGCAGCAGCUCUGGCCAGUGCCACUGCUCGUCCAGCGAUUCCAUGAUCGACUGCACGGAGGUCAGCAACCAGGGGGUUUAUGGGAGCUGCUCCACCUUCCGUAGCUCCCUGAGCAGCGACUAUGACCCCUACAUUUACCGUAGCAAGAGCCCCUGCCGUGCAGGUGAGGUGGGAGGUGCGAGCCGAGGAACAAUUGUUCUCCUGGAGGGUCCCCAUCAGGAUGAGCUCCUAGCACCUGGCCACAGUUUGGGGGGUGUGGACUGUCGGCCUGUGCCAGCUUCUUCCUCAGGGGACCAGCUCUCUAAUUGCAGCAUGGAGAUGAACUAUAGCAGCGAUUCCUCACUAGAGCACAGGGCUCCAAAUGGCACUACCUCAGAGGGAGGCCUCGAGGCUGCUCCCGGUGCUGCCUUGGAUGUUAAAAGGACCUGGAAAACCCAAGAGGUAGCUGGGCCACUGAUGGAGCAGGCCUGCGCGUGCUGCUUUGAGCUCCAGCACUCCUCUGCCUUGGAGCCCACUAGCGGGACAGCAGACUGCAGCGCGCUCUUCCUUGGCUCCCCGCUAUGGGGGGGUUGUGGCCCAGGGCUGGAGCAGCAGGUGGGUAGCGCCCAGGGCCUGUACAGUAUUAACUCAGACCACUUGCAUAGGACAGACGGGGUGAAAUACGAGGGCUUGCCCUGCUGCUUCUAUGAAGAGAAGCAAGUCACCUGUGGUGGUGGUGGCAGUGGGGGUGGUGGCUGCUACACAGACGACUAUGCAGUGAGCGUGCAGUACACACUCCCGGACGACCCCUUGCCCAGCUGCUACAAGGGUGCGUGCGACCUAGGCCAGCGCAUCCCAAUCAUUCCUGAGGACAGAGACUGUGAGCUGGCCGUGCCCCCGGACUGCCAAGGCCCCCGAGCAGGGGGCUGCAGCUCCUGGGAUGCGGCACCUGAAAUGGAUGCUCGUCUGCACCACCAGGGUCUGGGAGAGGUCCCGGAGGAGAGGGAGAGGUGCUAUCGGGCAGCAUCCUUCCUGCGGAGCAGCUGCGUGCGGGAGGAGGAAGCCAGGAGGCUCUUCUCUGCCCCUGCCCUGAGCCCCCAGGACCUGGCACCAGCCACAAAGGCUGCAGGCUCUGGAUCGCACCCUCUGGAGAGGAGCCAAAUGGGUGACUAGGCCCGGCCUGGCUGCCACAGACCGAGCACGGGAGCUGCCACGGAGACACCAGAUUCUGUCGGACUUUCAGACUUUUUUUUUUAGCUUUGACAAACACACAAAAGUGGUAAUGUGGAGAAGCCCCUGUGCACCCGCCCUGCCUGACUGAGCCCCUCCUUACAUCUCCCCGCUCCCCUCUCCAGCCUGCAGCCUUGUGCAGCUCUGGCCUGGGUCGGGGUACAGAGCCGCCCGGGGUAUGGGCUGGAGCCGCUCUGUCCGAGCGCUGUUGCCAUUCCUGUACUAGGGACAAAAAGUGUUAUUUAUACUUUCCUCUAGAAUGGCCGUGCCGGCUCUUGCUGAGCAGGUGCCACGGCUGUGCUAAACAAGCCACGCCAUGCGUAGAUGCUGCUGCCUCCUGCUGAAGGAGUCUAGCCUUUGAGCUCAGGGCUACACCUGCCUUACAAACAAACCAGCACCUUGAAGCAGACUGGUCCGGAUAUGGAUACCAGCGCUGACUGAGCACUCGAGACACUGCCCCUGCCUUCUAGUGGCCGCUUCCAGUAGCAAGCAGGUUUCCUUACGAGCCAGGGGGUACGGUAUAGAGUUGUCGGUUCCCCUGCUUCACACUUCUCUAAGGACUUGGCGAGGAGAAAUCCCCAGCCUGUGUGCUCAGCGCUCCUAACAGAGGAGACGAGAGCUCAGAGGGACCUUUACUGCUGCCGGCCAGGACCCCCUUGCCCCUUGCUGCCCACUGCUGCAGGUACAUGUCAAACCGCUGCCUCGGCAGGGCCUGCCGUCCUGGUGUUCUGAGGACGGCUCUUCAGGAGCCUGCAGCCCCAGGUGGCAGCUCCGUAGCAAGAAAUACUGCUGCAGGCAGCAAAAGGGGGCUCAUAAGGUCUCUGUGGCUUGCCUGGGUCAGUUUAGGAAAGCUUGGAUGGGGUCAGUGUUUUGCUUUCUAAGGGUACUAGUGCAUUUUGCCAGCUGGUACAGGCUGCGUGUGUGUACACGCCAGGGGCAGUGAGGACUGGGUAAACCGGCUUCAUUUGUUUUCUUUCUUUGCUGGAAGAGAGGCGGUUGAGGUUGCUUCCUUAGCUCAGUCCGUCUUGCAGCUUUCUCUGGCCCAGCCAGCUUUGCCCGUGUUUGACUGCGUAUGGAAAGCAUUGCAUACCCCAUUAGUCUACGCACAUACGUCUGUCUGUGUUUCUCUUGUUUCCUGUGGAAACAAUGGCUUCUAGGUAAGAGGCCAUCAUAGCAUGUUUUUUAAACUGCCUGUCAUGCUGCGUGUGCUUGAAACAGUUAGCACCCUUCUGUCUGGUGCAUACACAGGGCAGGGAUGCAUUUAUGGGGGGGCGUACUAGUUUAUGCCCACAAGGUAGGUCUGGUAAGAAGGAUUUAAUAGAAGUAAACAUGAUGGGGACACAUUUCCAUGGCCUGAACCAUGACAGUUCGGUGUGACGUGUUCUUUCACUGAAGUGCUGCCCUGUGCGAGACUGCCUUGGGCUUGUCAGGGAAACCAGCUGACUUCCUUUAACGUCCCAGGGAAGGUAAAUGAACCAAGGAGCAGCUGAAAGGUGAAAAGGAGAUCUGCUUUUCAGUUCUGACCAAUAACACCAGGAAGGAUCCUUAGCAUUUGCAGGAACCCUAAGCAAGGCUCUUGGUGAGUAACCGCCUGAGUCCAGCUGUUCAGAGAAAUGGUGCAUCGUACAGCACAGAAGGAGCCAGCUAUAAAAAGGGUGGGGGGAAAUGGCGAAUGCAUUUUCUAGGUGUAAAGGUGCAGAGGCUGAGCAAUAUCCUCAGACGGAAGGUGGUAGAGGAUGUGUUUUGUGGAAACGGAGCUAUGGAGGUUUGUCACUUUUUUUCCCUCUUUGAAUAUGCUCACACCCAGCUCCUGCGACAACAAAAGAAGCGGACUGUAGGUGUGGCAAAGCCGCACAGCUUGUGCGCGCUGUAAAGCAGGGAGCCUUUAGCCACAGGAGAGCUGUGGUGAAAUGUGGUUAUGGUGUGAACUGGCUAGUUGCACGUUAGGACUCACGGUCCCGGGCACCCGGGAACCAUCUCGCCCGGGUGACAAGGAAGCCGCAGCCAGUCGGGCCACUCCUUCCCCACGAGCCAUGCGGUAAGGUCUUCCGUUCCCAUCCUGCUCUUGCCUCCUCCGUUGGCAUUUACUGCUGCUCCCUGCUCCCGAUGCCUCUUGAAAGGACACACAGGCCAAUUAGCCACAAUAGAUACUACUUUUAAACAAAAUGCCUUUCUAUUAAAUGAACUGUUGCCAGUGUUGGGCUCAUGAGGCACUAUUUAAAAUGUUUUUUAAUUAAAAUGAUCUUGUAGCACUUAAAAAGGUUUUGUAUAAAAAUUGCUGUAAAGAUUUGUAAUACGGUCAAAAGGGCUCUCUCUCCUUCAUUACCAUUUUUUAAUGUUUCAAAGGCUAGAAAACAACUUGUAUAUAUUCUGUAAAUGUAUAGCAGCACAUUUCAUUUAUGGAAAUAUGUUCUCAGAAUAUUUAUUUACUAAUAUAUUUAUCUUAAGCCAUGUCUUAUGUUGAGAGUGUGUGACAUUAUUGGAAUAAUCAUUGAAAAUCACUAACAUGAGGCCCUGUAAAUACAUGAUAAUUGCACACACAGAUUUUACAAUAUUUGCCGACCAAAAAAUGAUUAAAAACAAGUUGUAGUUCUUUACAGUUUUGUAACCAAGUGUACAAAUGUCUGUAAAAACAAGCAAACAAACAAACAAAAACCCCACAAAAAUACAGUUUUAUCAAAUAUA